GUGCGCCACUGCACUACAAACUUGACGGACGUACAUGAGGACAGCGCACCGAUAACUUAUCUUAUUGCUGGACUGGUGGGAAAUUCAUAACACUUUGGAGGUUGAUUUGUGGAUUAUCUGCACCAGACCUCAACAUAGCUGUUUGCCAGACCACAAUGGCUGUGUACUCCAGACACCUGGAUUUCUCCUUGCCUUGACAAUACAGUUUACAAUUAAACGUGAGAAAGACACAAACAUCUCAGAAUACUUAGCAUCAACCAGGAGUUUCUUUGUUGAACUGUUUCUGUUCCUGUUGAGUAUUAUAUCACUGAGUGACUUCAUCAGACAUCACCAUGCCUAUCCUCAAGCAGCUAACCUCGAACCAGUCCAAGCGUCGCUCCCGAGUCGACCUGACUGCAGAGAUGAUCAGCGCCCCUCUCGGGGACUUCAGACACACCAUGCAUGUGGGUCGUGGCGGAGAUGCCUUUGGGGACACCUCAUUCCUCAGUACCCGGUCUGGGGAGCCCCCUAAAGAACCAGCUCCAGAGGUGCAGCAGAGCUCCCCUGGACCUGUCCCCAAACCAGGCCUGCUAUCCCGAACCUUCAGGAGCAGUAAGCGCUCCCAGUCCGUGAACCGUGGCGAGAACGCGUUGGCUACCCCUGGUGGCUCGCCAAACUUUGUGAAAAAUGCCAUCUCCCUGCCCUACCUCAACGACGAGGGCAGGAUGGGCGGUGAUCCCCCGAUGCCCAAGAGCGUCUCCUCCAGCCCUCUAAAGAAGCUGCUCGAGGUCGAAGGAAUCAGAAAACCGGUCAACGGUGCCGCGGCCAUGGACCUGGAGUUCGAUGAGCGGAACUUCGGUGAACUGACUGACCUGCCACCGUCCCAUCUUCGAGGUGGUGGGAUGAAGCAUGCGGAAUCCAUCAUGUCAUUCCACAUCGACCUGGGUCCCUCUAUGCUGGGGGACAUCCUCAGCGUCAUGGAGAAGAAGGGCUGGGAGGAGGACGACCUGGGAUACGAGGAGGGGAAGGGCAGCGAGGGCCGUGGGUCACCCCACCUCAGUCCUCCCACCACGGAGGACAAUGUUGAGGACCAGGUGAAUCUACAGCCGCCAGUCAGGCCCCCACGCAGCACCUAUCCCCAGCAGAAAAUCAUGGCAGACCCCCCCUACACUCCUCCCAGGAACUACCACAGCCACCUGGACAGCUGCUCUUUUUCCUCUUCCGGCUCCGCCGCUCUUGAGGAGAAACCACUCCACCACCUGCAGGAGGGGGACACGGACAGCGCCAAGUACAGCUCUCCAGGUGUUGGGGGGGAGGAUGACAAAGACUUCUCCUUUAUGGACGAGGACGAAGAUGAAAUCAGGGUGUGAAACAGAACAGGGCUGUAACACCACCGACACAGAACGUGAUUUAUAAAGACACCAGAACAUGGUUUGCGAGGACACAGAUGGAGACUAGUAUUCUUCAUGAGUUUUGAAGCUAGUACAAGCCUGGGAGGGAAGGGUUGGUGCGCCUACAUUUUUACAUAUGGAUCUAUCCAGCGAAUCUCUAUGUGCACACCUUAUUCUGCUUUACUUCCUGUAUUAGGAUUCAAUCACUCACUGUCUGUUACUGAGCCUUAUUCACUCCUGUGUGUGUGUGUGUGUGUGUGUGUGUGUGUGUGUGUGUGUGUGUUCUACAGUUCAUAGAAACAAAAUGCCUGUCCUAUGAGUCCUUUUACUCUAGCCAUUACGGAAUUCCACACACAAACACACACACACACCGGUUAUUGGUUUGAGGGUUUCCUUUUGUAGAAAUACGAUCUGUCAUUAUGAUAAUCUAAUCCCACAGUUCCAAUAUGUCAUCAGUGUGUUUAUGCUUUAAGGGGGCACAUCUCAAGGAUCUCAACCCUCAUAUCCACUUAUAUCCAACAUGAACAUAUCCCACCCACGCCCCCAUUGUCUUUUCAUCCAGAGGAUUUCCCUUCGCUAACAUUCCUUAUAGCGCAUUAAUAAGGAAGGGAAAGCCAACCACCAACCAGCGGUCACUGAUUGUCACACUGAUCGUCACAUUCUUUAACAGCGGAAGUAUGGAGGUUGACCGAGGUUACUUUUUGAUCAAACGGCAGUCCUCCUCGAGGGAGGUGUGAUGCGUUAGGUGGAGGCCGGGUCAUAUGAUGUAAUGGGAUGAACUGUAUGUUUCUCACACAGCUUUGGAGGGGGGAAAUAAAAUGAAGAACAAAAGUAUCCCAGGGUUUAGCUAGCGUAGCCUUGGGGCCUUGAAUUAACUGUGUGUGUUGAGUGAAGUGAGAAUUGUGAGAUGCAGUUAAAAUAUUGGUUUGUUAAUGUUCUUUUAUUUUUUCUCCCUAAGUUUAUACAUUGUAUGUACAUACAUAAUUGAUAAGUUGGUCUUCUAGCAGGUUCUAAAUCAAUGUCACAACUUGGUGGUUCAUUAUUCUAACCAUUAGUCAGCUUUUGUGUCAACUGUUCACUUACAAUGGACCCGUUUUCUAAACAUGCUCUAUACAUACCCAGCACACUAUGAUGUCAUAAAUGAGGCAAAAGUUUCAUUUGUUAGAAACUACUUAUUGGAUGUGCCCCGUUUUAAGUCACCAUCAUUUUGAUUUAUAGGGAGCUUUGUUAAAGUUAGGCUUAGAUGAACUAAGGUGGUACUAUCCAACCCAGUUAACCGAUUUAGGCCUUAGCUUUAGAGUUGUUUUGUUAGGCCAUGAGUCCAUGACACUUUGUUAGCUCAGAUCAAUGGACUCAGUAGAAACACACACAACACUGAUCUCAGUCAUAUAUCCCCUGCUAGCACUGCCAAGGUAUAGCACGAUGGCCCACUCCCUAAAACACUAUUGUACAUAAAGAAUCACUUUUAUUUUAUUUUCAUGUACAUUUUUUUCUCUUUUGUUUUGCUUGACUUAUUAUUAAGGACAAAUGUACAUUUUGCUAAGAAAAUGUGCCCUUUUUGUUGCCGCUAUCGUGUCCAGUAGCACUUUUUAUUGUACAUAUGUUUUAGAAACUGAUUUUUAAAAGACAAUUUACAGGAGCAGAGAAAGUGGUUGUGAACAAGAGUGGUGACCGUACAGUAGUAGACUGUCAUGUCUACAGAUGUAGGAUCUUAAUUUGAGCCAGUUUCCUACAAAUAAUCCUGCAGCAACAGGAAAUGGGAAUUAUAAUUCCUCUACAUUUUUGUAAGGGUUGAUACAUUUUUCAUAAGGGAAAAUCAAGUCUGACAUUUCAAAGUGGAAAUUAAACUUCAAAGCCUUUUUAAACCUUUAAUACACUAAAACCUUUACAUUUCCUGCAUUGCAGGAAAUUUCUGCAACAGGGUGAUCUAAUUAAGAUACUAUAUCUGUAUGUGGUCAUCUCUUGCCCCACACACACCACAUGCUUGUAGGAUCAGCAGGUUAGGAGCAAGAGGAGAGACGUCUGAAGGGAGGAGGAUAUAAGUAAUAAGAGAACACUAGUGAUAAGUGACUGUUACCCACCUCUCUCCAUUGCGCCAUGUAGGCCUGGGCUACCGUAGGAGAAGAUUGAAUCAACACCAUCUGGCUUCGCUCCACCCUCUCAUUCAUAAACAUAUUUGGCUGAUUGGUCGGUAACUGACCCAACGACUCAUCCCUUCAUGAGUCACAUGUCUGGGAAAGGACAGGUGCACCUGUUUAGUUUCUCCUACAGUUGUACAUCCCAAAUGGCACCCUAUUCCCUAUAUAGAGCACUACUUUUGACCAAGGCCCAUAUAGCAAAUAGGGUUCCUUUUGAGAUGCAUGCAAUGUGACUAGGUUCCCCCCCCCCCACUCACAUUCAUUAAUUUGGUCAGAUUAUGAUCUCAUCUGUUAUGGUAAAGCAGGAAGUACCUGCUCAAUCCUUCCUGGAUCCCUGAGUAAUCUAUUGCCUUUAUGCCUGUGAAAGGAAAUUAUAUUUGUGACACUGGGGGAGCACUGUUCUUGUUUCCUGUUAUGGCGUUGGUUGGGCGAGGGAGGGAGGGAGGGAGGGGGGGCACAUAUUAUCCUAUGGUGUUGAAGUGAGGCAAGGGACAAUUCCAGGAUGUGACAUCACUCAGCCAUGCGUUCAUGCGAUGUAUGUCAGUUCCAUGUGUACAUGUCUGUAUUAAAGAGAUCAGUCGAGUUCAUUGAUUAAAAUGACUAGAUGUAAAUGUGCCAAUUAUGUAAUAGUCAACCUUUUGACAUUUUGAUUUUUGAAUGACACAUUUACAGGCUACAGCAGUAUAGGCUAAUUACGAUAAUUCUCAGGCCUCUCGCACUGUUCAUUUGUAAAUGGGUAAAAUUUGGGAUUGCUUUGUUAUUUGAAACUCUGUUGCUUGUUCCAUUUGUUGUAGAAUUUGUCCAUGGAAAGUGGGUUGAGCUGCUGUAAUCUCUUAUCUGUUCUUACCCAAUAUGGGGAUAUUUUCAUCUGUCAAAACACUCCUUCCUAUUCACCACCAUGUUAUUUGCUGCUGAUGAGAAGUAGUUAAAUGCUAAUUGUAUCAUCUAUGACAAAUGGUGACUAUUGCUAUGUUUCGUUAUAGGCAUUAGUGACGCUAAUGUAAGAGCCAUCAGAAGGUAAAGUGGCUGAAAUCCUCUUGCAGUUGAAAGUGUCCUGCCUGAUGCCUGUGGUAAAAAGGGUUUGUUCUUUUUCAGUCUGAUGUAGAAUGUUACAUUUUAUUUUCCUUCUGUGGCUAGUUUUUAUGCCAAGUAUGUGCUAUUUUUCUUCUUUCUCUUGUUCUACUGUAUAUUAAUAUAUAUUUACCUUCCUCACUCUUCCUCUUCUGAAAUAACAGCUAUAUUUUUCAAUAAAAAGAGAAAGCUGGUAAUCUUUACCAGGA